GGUGAUACUCCCGGCAGUGUUCCUGUGAUUCAUGAAGAAGCGGUGUCUGUCGACUUCUUCCAGCCGUCAAACUGCUCUCCCGGUCCAUUUAUGAGAUAAAAUGACUUUAUAACCCACUUCAAGACAACACAAUGGAUGUACAGCUUCUCUUCUAAAGGAUUUACACCAGUGUUUUGGGUUUUUAUCGAACAUAAACGUUACAUGCUUCGGAUAUUUGCACAGUGUUAGCUGACGUUAGUUAGCUGACGUUAGUUAGCUGUCAGUUAGCUACAGUAGCUAGGCUAUUAGCGGUUACUUUAACCGGUAAACUAGUCAACUACCGUGAACCCUAAUGGAGGAUGAUGGAGAAGCCUCCAUCAAAGAGAUUCAGACUGUCUCCGCCAAGGUGUCCUAUGAUGAUGAUGUCCCGAGGACACCGAAACCAGAGCUGAAGAAACUUUUGUUUUUUAAAGUUUACAAGAGGAGGUGGUUUGUUCUGCUGGUGCUGUGUCUGCUGAACUGCUCCAACGCGACGAUAUGGAUCACCUUUGCACCAGUAGCGGACCAGUCUGCCAAGUUUCUGAAGGUCACUCUGGAGCAAAUCAACCAGUUGUCACUGGUCUACAUGUUGGUGGCCAUACCGCUCAGCUUUGCGACCACAUGGAUGCUGGACAGCAUCGGGCUGCGGAGCACGAUGAUUUUGGGAGCCUGGCUGAACAUGCUCGGAGGCCUGAUGCGUUUCAUUGGGGCAGUGGCCCCCCCGAGCAAUGAUCAUACAGACAAGUUCUAUGCAGUGAUGUUGGGUCAGACCCUUGGUGCCCUGGCUCAGCCCCUCAUCAUCUUCGCCCCCACCAAGCUGGCAGCUCUCUGGUUCCCUGAGAACCAGCGCGCCACCGCUAACAUGAUCGCCUCGAUGGCCAAUCCCAUGGGCAUCCUGCUUGCUAGCAUCAUCUCUCCCUUGGUGGCUAAAACAUCUGCACGUAUCCCAGACCUGUUGAUUGUCUAUGCGGUCCCAGCAUGCAUCAUCUGUUUCCUAGCAACAGUGGGGAUACGGAGCAGCUUUCCCCCGACGCCGCCGUCAGCUAGUGCCGAGUCCUCCUGCUCCGAGCCGUACAUACAGGGGAUCAAACUGUUACUGAGGAACAAAGCCUACCUCGUCCUGCUGCUGUGCUUCGGUUCGGGCAUCGCUGUUUUCACCUGCUUCUCCACGCUGCUGGAACAGAUCCUGUGUGUGCAGGGAUACACCAAUGACUUCGCUGGCAUUUGUGGCGCUCUCUUCAUCGUGUUUGGCAUCAUUGGCGCCGCUGGCCUCGGCGUCUUCGUCGACAAGACCAAGAAGUUCAUCGAAGCCACGAAGAUCAACAUGAGCUUCACUGCUAUUUCAUGCAUCGCCUUCUCAGUGGUGUCUCUGGUGCCGCAUCAGAAAGUCGCCGUGGCUGUCGUCUGCUCUCUUUUUGGCUUUUUUGGUUUCUCCAUUUACCCGGUGGCCAUGGAGCUGUCUGUGGAGUGUUCGUAUCCCGUCGGAGAAGCCACAUCAGCCGGACUCGUCUUCGUAUCGGGACAGAUUCAGUCUGUUCUCUACAUCCUCCUCCUUCAGGGUUUAACCAAACGCAUCGCAGACUCCCCGGUGUCGACCUGCGGGGACGCAGUCCGGAGCUGGAAGGUGCCGAUGAUGGUGUUGGCGGGACUGUGCACUUUCUUCACAUGCUGCUUCGUGAUCUUCUUCCACACGCGAUACAGACGACUGGAGGCCGAGGAACAAGCGACUUACGAGACCAAAGAAAGAAAAGCCUCGACCACCUCCUCCGAGCAACCUCCGAGUGUGGAGAAGUGAACCUGUUGGUACUGAACCCUUAAGUCAACACAUUCAUAUUCCCACUGAUGCUUUUGUUCAACACUGGGACCAAACUUUUGUGUACGUGGAGUUACGAUAACGUACAUGAAAUCCUCAGAAUAUUAUAAAACAGUAUCUGCAUCAGUAAACUCUGCAGAUUGUCUUAAUCAUUCCAUUUCUGAAAAUUAGGAAUAUAACGAUACUUUGCAAGACAGUAAAUUCACGAUACAAAUAUGUGACGAUUCAAGUCUCUGAGAUGAAAAAUGAAUCGCGAUACUAUUUUUAAACAGCAGAGGGCGAUAUCUACUGUUGUCUUCGCAUCAGUAGCUGGAUUGAUGAGUAAAGACGUGGCGGCCGCAGGUGAAGAUUACAAAAUUGACGAUGCACCAAACUGUUUAAAAUCUCUCAGCGUUGCGGUACCAUUUUGGCUCCCUAAGUCAGAAAAUGAAAUAGGUGAUUUGGGAUUUGUUUUAAAGUUCAAUUCAUUUUUUUUUUGUAUUUUCAGUUUCACUUUUACAAAGAAAAUUUUGCAAAUUUUAUACUUUACCUCAGAAAUAAGAAAAGAUUCUUUAAUUUGAUAAAGAAAACAUGAGAGAAAAUCUACUUUGUAGAAUAUUUUGUCUCAUUUUGUAAAAUCAAUUUAGAGAAAAUCACCUCUAUCAAAUAGUGACUUGAGUUACAUUGUUACAUCCCUACUAAAAAUGAAAAAUGGAUUCUUGUAAUGUUUUGAAAUAUUUACGCAAAAAAAUAGUUUUUAGGGAGGAAAUCUGUUAAAAUGAUUGUUUUCUAGCUUCUUUGUUCUCAGUUAGCUGGGAAAACAGUUCUCUGAAUGGAAGCAAAACCUUUACAUUCUUACACUGAUCAUGUGUAUUUAAAGGAUUUUUCUUUUCUUCCUGGGUCUUGAGAGGAAGGUCAUUUUUUUUUUACCAAACCUUUGAUUGUAGUAAUAGGAGAGAAAAUGAACACAAACCAAAACCACGAUGCAGCUCAGUACAGAACCUGCUCUGGAAAAAUGCACAUUUUCUGUUAAGGGCAAAUGUAUUUCCUUGAAAACGUUCCCUCAAUGCACCCACUCUACUUCUGCUUCGGUGUUUUGUUUUCUUCCAGCUGUCACCAAACACGUUGACUACUUAAAACACAGCAGGUCUAUUUUCUGCCACUGAGCAGAGAAGAACUGUGGAUUCAACAAAAACCUGAUGUUUACUGCUGAUGUGUUGGAUCACUGAAACAUUUUCUGCCAUCAGACUCCACACGGAGCUGCUCGAAAUAACUCACUGUCACAUCUUCAUCGGCACAUUUUGUAUCUCUUCCUAUCAAACUAAAACCACUGGGAAAGUUACUGUUUACUGACAUACACUGAAUAAUCUGCAGGUUCUCUGAAAACUAAAUUUCUGGAUCUCAGACAGACUACCGGGAACUGAAACCACUGUUUCCUAUUUUGUAUUAAUGAGCAGAUAAACCAAAACAAAAUAAUACUGUUGUACCAAUAAUCAUGUUCUGUGUUAACUGUCAUUGUGUUGUGGAAAAAUACCCCUAAUAACAGCAUUUAACUACUUGUUAAUGCCUUACAUUUGUACAAAUGCUUCCAGUUUGAGGACUGCAAAACAGGUUUAAAGGAUGUUGAAGCCUUGUAGACGGUUGUGGGUUUUGUGCAAUAAAGGUGAAUAAAUUCAGUACUGAUUCUGUAUAUUUUAGAAAGGCCUGACAUAACAUUUUACUGACAGUUGUUUUUUACCUUUUUGUACUCGCAAAGAGAAGAAGAGAAUAAUAGUUUUGUAUUUUCUGAAGAGGCAAUGUGAGCGACACGUGUAAAUACAAAUAUCAUAUAUCCUUUUCAUUCCAGUGAGUUUCUGAAGGUCAAGACUGCAAUAAAGAUUUUUUUCUGUUUUAUUGCAUUAAAAUGCCAAAUAAAAUGUUACUUAAAA